UAUUAGAUUUCUUAUGUGUUUAUGGGUUCUCCACAAAAAUAAGCAUAUAAUUGUUUAAUAAAUAUAAUAAUACUUUUUUAGAAAAGUAUAUUUAAAGACGAAAUAUUUAUGUGGAUUGCACUUAUAGUUUAAUUUAUUUUUAAUUAAUUAAAAAAUAACUUGAUAAACUAUGGAUAAUGUUUCUAAUCCGUUUCGGGCUUUGUUGCGGAACAUUUUUUAAGGGUCGCUGUGUCGACGGAAGUAUUUGCAGUUGCACAUAUUUUUGCAGUACGCUUAGGGAGAAGACGUACGCUCGCAUCGUAGUGACUGUUUUUUUUUUCUGGUUGACGCAUAACGAUGACCCGACAUGGGAAAAACUGCACGGCAGGCGCUGUGUACACCUACCAUGAAAAGAAAAAGGAUACGGCCGCAUCUGGCUAUGGUACACAGAGCGUUCGCCUGGGCAAGGACGCCAUCAAGGAUUUCGAUUGCUGCUGCCUAUCCCUUCAGCCGUGCAGAAAUCCCGUCGUAACCCCCGAUGGCUAUAUGUAUGAAAAAGAAGCCAUCCUGGAAUAUAUUCUACACCAAAAGACUGAAAUUGCCAAAAAAAUGAAGGCCUACGAAAAACAGAAGAAGGCACAGAAGAAUGAAAAUCUGCUGGAGUCACAGUCAGAGGAGAGGGAAAGAGCAGAGAAGUUCAAGACGAGAGAGAACAGCAUCGUUUCCAAACCUAUAAAUCCUUUUACUGGAGGGCAGUCCAAGGAUUCGGGAGUUCAGAGUGGACCGAGUGGCUCUACAAAUGGGCCCAGUAACAGUGCUGCCUCUGAUGGAUCCAGCACCAAAUCUGCAUUGCCAAGUUUCUGGAUCCCCAGUCUGACACCAGAAGCAAAGCCAACCAUGCUUAAAAAGCCUGUCAAGACAGUGCUGUGCCCCAUGUCUGGUCGGCCUCUCAAGAUGAAUGAACUGAUUCCUGUGAAAUUCACGCCUAUGGACCCUUCUCUCGACAGAGUGGCCCUUCUUACUCGGCAGGACCGGUAUGUAUGUGCUGUAACCAAAGACAUGCUUGGAAACUCUGUACCAUGUGCGGUGCUGAGGCCUUCUGGGGUGGUGGUAACAAUGGAAUGUGUGGAGCGACUGAUAAGAAAGGAUAUGGUGGAUCCAAUAAAUGGUGAAAAGCUUAAGGAGAAGGACAUCAUACCUCUGCAGAGGGGUGGGACUGGCUUUUCUGGGUCUGGAAUUGACCUUACUGCCAAAGAGUCACGCCCUGUGAUGCAAGUGUGAAGAGGAAGUUAGUUUGGCAAAGAAGGGGUGAAGUUAAUACGGAUGUGACUUAUAUGUACAUAUUUUUGUCAUUUUUCUUAUGAGAUAGGAAAGCAAAAUCUCAUUCUUUUAUCAUUUUGUACCAGUUGUAAUUUAGUGAAGAGGUGGUUGUAUAUUUGUGUUUCAAUUUCUUCACACAUUGUCUUUUGCCUGUCUCACAAAACACCUAAAAAUAAUCAAAUGCCAUGCAACACAAGUACAAACUGACUGAAACAAUGCAUGUUUUCAUUAGUUGUACCAACAUCUCCACAAAAGAGCCAUUUACAGAUCUCUUAUGGGAACACCAAGUCAUUUGUGUUCUUUUUUAACAUUUAUGCAAAAUGCUUGAUAAGUAUUACAGUGAUUUGAGGUAAGAGUAAUUUUGCAAAGCUAUGUGAUAUUCUUUUAGGUGUUUGCAUACGUUUUUCCAGAAAUAUAUGGCAAAGCCUCAACUUAUUGACCUUUUGUGUGUUAAUCAGGCAUUCAGACAAAUGUUAUUUCUAUGUGAUAUAAAUUGAUCUCAUUACAAAAAUUAUUUUAGUUUAGCACAUCUCAAAGCAAAUUCUACUUCAUUAACGUACAGGCUUACUGGCCUAUGCAGUUUGUAAGGUUGCCUAUAAAGUGAAAUAAAAAUGAUUCCCACUUUUAUUUAGUACAUUUUCUGUGUUGGUGAAAGCUUUCCACAUGCUUCUAUAACCUGUUCCAGUAUCAAACUAUGUGCACUGUAUUCUAAAGUGAGCUAUAUUCAUACAAGUUAAUAUGACAUCCAUAUUUCCAAAAAACAAAAAAGAUUUUUUACCAAAGCUGGAUCUGUUCUGGUUAUUCAUCUGGGUGUUCACUGAAGUUUCACUAUGCGGUACAGUACAUGGCAGUUUUUAAUCAUGGCAUUUAAACAGAAACUUUUCUGACAACUUUACUUACUGUUUGAUAUGUGUAUAUUGCUUUAUAGAAAGUAAAUGGACUGCCUAUGAGGAAGCAAUGCCAGGUUCUGCACUGAAGUUUUUAAAUAAAUGUUAAUCCUUA